GCCGCCUGCAUUCCGUGCGGCUGACCAAUAAUUUCUCUACUGUCUGAAGUCCCUGUUGUGUGUGUUUUUUUUUUUUCUUUCUAUAUACACUCUGGACGCGUCAGCCAGUAGGGCGGGAGGGGAGGCGCACUCACAGCCCAUCACAGUCCCCUCUGUACGCAGCGCCAAGCUUUGGUCUGGAGGGGCUCCCCCACAAUACUUCACACAUACGGACGAAAGGCAGUCUGUGAAGUCGACAGAAAGACGUCCCAGACGAGGCUCUGCUCAAGAAAAGGCUUGAAAGAGAGACAGAGAGAGUCGGAGACAGCUGCUGGAGAUCUGAUUCCAAAACAGCCUGAAAAAAGGCGAAAAUCUGCAUUUUUUCUUAGAUCAACUUCAGCGUAGAGAUCUUAUCCUUGAAGCGAUGGACAAUUCCACUGAAGACUAUGCAAACUACACCUACGAGUACGAGGAGUACGGCGAUGUGGAGGACCUUAAAGUGGAUCACAGCCAGACCGAGGCCAUCCACAUCAUCUCUGUGGUGGUCUACAUCUUCUGCAUCGUUCUCGGUUUGAUCGGAAACGGAGCCGUCAUUUGGGUGACGGGGUUCAAGAGCAAAAGGACCAUCAACAGUGUGUGGUUGCUCAAUCUGGCCGUGGCCGACUUCGUGUUUGUGCUCUUUCUGCCCUUAUACAUCGACUACAUUUUGAGGGAUUUCCACUGGAACUUUGGUCUGACCAUGUGUAAGAUGAAUUCCUUUGUUUCCGUGAUGAACAUGUACGCCAGUGUCCUCUUUCUCACGGUGCUCAGCGUGGACAGAUACGUCUCUGUGGUGCACCUGAACUGGUGUCAGAGGUACCGCACGGUAGAUAGAGCCUGGCUGGUGUGCGGCCUCGUUUGGCUGGCUGCCGCCCUGCUGAGCUGCCAUGCGCUGAUCUUCCGAGACACCAUGCGCUUCGGCAGUAAGGUGGUGUGCUACAUGAACUACCACAUGACAGACAGGCACACGGCCGCUGCGAUACACGCCGCGUUGGUGUCCAUCCGUACCACCGUGGGCUUUCUUUUGCCGCUCACCGCCAUAAGCGUGACGGGCAUCCUCCUGGCGAUACAGAUGAAACAAUCCCAGGGAUUCGUUCGCGUUUCGAGCUUCUCAAAAACAGUCACGGCCGUCAUCCUCGCCUUCUUUUUCUGCUGGGCCCCUUUUCAUAUCUUCAGUCUGAUGGAGUUGUUCGUGCAUUCCUCGAUUUCCCUGCACGUCGUUUUGAGAGCCGGCUUCCCGCUCGCCACCAGCUUAGGCUUUUUCAACAGCUGCAUUAACCCGCUGCUGUACGUGCUGCUCAGCAAGAAGGUGCGCCACAUCCUCAAGGUCGCGUGUCUGAACCUAUCCAAGAGCUCGCUGAGGGAGCUGAGCCAGUCCAUCUCCGCCACGGACGUAGAGACUGUGCACGACGCCCCUCAGGACGGCUUCCCAGACGAGUCCACGGUGUCGUCGCACCUAUAAGAGACGGGUGGCUUAUCGCUGAUGUUCUUUCCAGCCUUGGUGUUUAGAUUCUUCGCAUUUUGCUUCAUUUUUUACACACAGUUACACCGACGUCAACUAAAAAUUGACAUCUGUGGAAAAACUGAACUGUACUCAACAUGCAUAUGAAGUAAUACCCUUCCCGCUGAUUUUUUUGUUGUUGUUUUUGGCCCAGUAGGAAGCCAGAUUCACAGCUGUAAUUAUUUGAAUGAUUUGCAUAUAAUGGUUGCACAAUUAAUCCAGUUAAUUGUCUAUUUACUGCAAAAAGUUGGCUGCUUUGACUUAUGCUAGAGUAUCUAUAUCUAGACUUCCUACUGAAAGAAAAACCUAUGUGUCUGUCAUUGAUUUCCAUUGAUCUUGAUCAACACGUUUCCAAAGCUUGGAGCAUUUGUAUCAGCCUAGUUAUUCAUAAACAGGUAACAUUUAUUCUUUAUAGGAUGACAUAAAUGGCGAAUUUUUGAUUGUAGUUUGCAAUGAAGCAUUGCAUUGCCUUGAACUUUUUUACUUUUCAACCACAAACCUCCAUGAACUUAGUGGGGUGUUAUGUGAUGGACCAGGUGUCAACAGCCUAAGGGCCAUUUUCACCUCUUGCUUCUACUAAAUACAUUUUCUGAUCCUUUAAAAAACGAUGUCUUGUUAAAUUGUAUCAAUACUUACCAAACUAAAUUAGCUUUGUUUUUACAGCGAAAUAUUAUGUUUAUUGUUUCAGUUUCAGGACAACAACAACAAAAACCCUAAACAAUUACAAAAAGAUACUUAAUUACCUUCAUUUCCUAAGUUUUAUUAGUUUCAUAAUCAUGGAAAAUUCACAGAAGAGAAACAUGUGGUUUGAGGGCUAAUUAGAAAAAACAACAACUUUUUGUUCUGUUAGUCAUGCUAUGAAAAUUAAAUACAGAUUUGGGUGUAACCCCUAGCCCCUAUAAAAAAAAAAAAGUCUGAAAUAACAGUUUUUCUUAUACCCUUGUAUUUAAAAACUGUUCAUUUCUAUGCUGUGUAAGCCUAGAGAGCCAGUAGGAAGGGCCAAAAGUGAGCAGGUGAAUCACGUUUUUGCCACAACUACAGCCUUGAGGUAUUGGGAGAGACUGAAAUAUUUGAGACGGAUCAUUUUUCCUAUUCUUCCAUGCAAAAUAAUUCAAACACAGUCAGAAUAAAUCUUGACCAGCUCCACAACAGUGUACUACCGGCGCAAUAUGUUACCGUUACCGCCCACAGCCCUUUGCACGUUGGCUAAAAAUGUUAAACUUCAGAGCACCAUCUUGCGCAUGGUUUCCGUUUCCUCUGCAUGGCUGCAAAUACACCCCCGAUUUCUGUUUGUGGAGGCGUCUAUCAUUUCCAUUUGUCAUCGCAAUCAUGCACUACUUCGUGCACCAGAAAAAUGUUUAACACUAAUAAAAUACAAUGAGGUUUGUCAAAGCAUUGGGGGAAAAAAUGAAAAAGUUGAACGCAUUUGAUUAUUUUUGCAAAGCCCUUUUGUUCAGGUUCACUCUGACCGCUAGUAUUGUAUGACCUCAUCUAGACGUCUGCUGUAUGUUUCACAUUUUUACGCAAAGGGCUACAUAAAAAAAAAAAAAAUGUAAGCAAACAUAUUUAAAGUAAACCUUAGAUGUCUUAAUAAACGUGUACUUCUGA